AAAAAAAAAAAAAAAAACUAAAAUUAGUUUUCCUUUUUAUUUUAUUUUAUUUAUAUACUUUUUCUCAUUAAGCAUUCAGAAUGAAUUCCACUAAUGAUGAUAUUCCGUUAAAUCGUAAAGAUAGUGUUGAAGAACCAUUUUUACCUCCACCAGCUCAUCAAUCAAAGCCUACUGAAAAGCAGCAUUCAGUUGCCCUGAUUGCAGCUGUGGUUAGUUUCUAUUUCAUUAUUUCACUUUCAGUUGUCUUUUUGAAUAAGAUCAUCAUGAGUGGAUCUUCUGAAUUUCCUUAUGCUUUAUUUGUUACUUGGUACCAACUUGUUGUUGCCCUGGGUCUUUUAUUAAUUUGGUCACAGUUGGGAAAGAGUUAUAAACUAUUUAGUAUUAUACCACCUUAUGAAUUUAAUAUGAUGGUAGCCAAGAGAGUUGCACCCUUAACUUUUGUUUAUGUUGGUAUGUUGGUAUUGAAUAAUUUAUGUUUAAAAUAUGUUGAAGUUACGUUUUACCAGGUUGCCCGUUCUUUAUCUAUCAAUUUUACGAUUCUUUUCACUUAUGUCAUCCUUGGAAAAAAAACAUCAGGACCAGCUCUGGUAGCUUGUUUUAUUGUAUUUUUAGGAUUUGUGAUUGGAUCUUAUGGUGAAAUUAAUUUCUCAUGGGCUGGUGUGAUUUAUGGUGUAGGCUCGUCAGCCUUUGUUGCACUUUAUGGUAUCUAUGUGCAAAAGACAUUAGGAGCAGUUGAUAAUAAUCAAUGGAAAUUACUUCAUUAUAAUACUACAUUAGCUAUCAUCUUUCUCUCUCCACUUCUUUUAUUUUCUGGAGAAAUUACUGAAAUUGUAUCCACUUCAGAUAUUAUUUAUACUACGAAUUUUUGGAUUUUAAUGACUAUUACUGGUAUUACUGGAUUCGGUAUUAAUAUUGCUAUGUUCUUACAAGUCAAAUAUACCUCUGCUCUGACAAAUACAAUUAGCGGUACAGCCAAGGCUUGUGUUCAAACUGUAUUAGCUGCAAUGAUCUUUCAAAAUCCUAUUUCUGGCCUGAAUGCACUCGGUAUUGCAUUGGCUUUAUUUGGCUCAGGUUAUUAUGGAUGGGUUCGUUAUCAAGAAAGAAUUUCUAAAUAGACUAUAAAUAAAUAAUUGAUUCCCUUUUUUAUGUGUAACAAUCAUAAGCUA